AUGACUGUUACUAAGUUCGUGGGCAGACUAAGGGGCUGUGAUGGGGAAAACCAGACCUUAGUGACUAAAUUUGUUCUCAAAGGAAUCAUAGAGUGUCUAGAGCUUCGAGUCCCCCUGUUCCUGGUGUUCUUACUGAUUUAUGCCAUCACCAUGGUGGGCAACCUGGGAUUGAUUUUUCUCAUCUGGAAGGACUCCCAUCUUCACACACCCAUGUCUUAUUUCCUUGGCAGUUUGGUCUUUGCAGAUGCCUGCACUUCAUCUUCAGUGACUACCAGGAUGCUUGUCAACAUCUUAUGUAAUGGGGAGAUGAUAUCCCUCAUUGAAUGCUUGGUCCAAUAUUAUUUUUUUGGUUCCAGUGCAACCACAGAAUGUUUUCUCCUGGUACUGAUGGCCUAUGAUCACUAUAUUGCCAUCUGUAACCUUUUGCUCUAUCUAGUGGUGAUGUCCAACAGACACUGCACUUGGUUGAUCAGUGUGUCCUAUUUGAUUGGUUUUAUGCAUCCCUUAAUUCAUGUUGGAUUAUUAUUUAGACUGAUGUUCUGCAACUACAAUGUCAUAGACCAUUUCUACUGUGAAAUCUUACCAUUCUACACCAUUUCUUGCACUGACCCCUCUCUCAAUGCCUUAGUGGUUUUUAUUCUUUCAGCUUGUAUACAAGCUAUUACAUUCAUGAGUAUCAUCCUCUCCUAUACCCGGGUCCUCCUUGCGAUUAUGGGAAAGAAGUCUGAGAAGGGUGAAAGCAAAGCCUUCCUCUCCCCAUAUGGUGCACACCUACUCUCUGUCUCUUCAUUCUACGGCACUCUGUUCUUCAUGUAUGUGUGCCCUGGGACUGGGCCAGAUAAAUAUCAGGAUAAAAUGUACUCCCUGUUCUAUACCAUUAUAAUUCCUCUGUUCAACCCCUUUAUUUACAGCCUAAGAAACAAAGAAGUUUUAGGUGCAUUGAGGAAAGUGACAAAAAAGUAA